AUGUUGCCAAAACUCGCAUUCCUAAGCUUAGCAGCCAUGGCUGUCCACGCUGCACCUGCACCGAGCAAGAUGGCCGUCUUGCGACAGGACAUCGCCUCGGCUUCGGCCAAGCUGUUCAUCGGCGGUGGCCCGCCUGGCACGAUCUCCGUCGCUGAUUUUGACGGCAAGUCCUUCAAGGUCGUUACCAAGAACACGAUCCAGGGCAGCAGUCCCAGCUGGCUGCUCUUCAAGGAGCCGAAUGUACUGUAUGCCGUGGAUGAAAACACCAACACGACGAGAACCUUCAGCUACAACCCUAACACUGACGCCCUCGAGCCCAAGUUCGAGGCCACUGGCUCCUCUGGCGUGGUCUCGCUCGAGUUCAACAAGGACAGGACUCGAAUGCUUGGUGCUGCCUAUGGCCAGGGCCAGAUCGAUGUCUGGGACACCUCAGACCCCGCUGGAAGCUUGAAGCUGCUCAAGCAAAUCCCAUCCGAAGGCCCCAACGGUCCUGACAAGAGCCGCCAGGAAGGUCCUCACCCACACCAGGUCCUCCUGGAUCCCAGUGGCCGCUACUUCCUGGUAAACGAUCUUGGCAAGGACACCAUCUCGGUUAUCGAUACCGUCGAUGAUAAGUUCAAUGUCGUCCACAGGGUCAAUGUCAAGCCUGCAGGCGCUGGACCGAGACAUGGCGCAUUCUAUCCUCCCGGGCAAAAGCAGGCUACCCACUAUUUCCUUGCCUGCGAGAUGGGCAACAUCAUCAAUGUCUACGGCCUCGCCUACAAUGUUUCUGCCGGUGGCAUCGCCUUCGCGCUGAAGCAGACCGUAUCAACCUUUGGCGACAACAAGAACCACACGGGUGCUGGCGCCGGCGAGAUCUCCGUUAGCGCCGACGGCAAGCACCUCUAUGUCAGCAACCGCCUGACGGGUGGCAAGGCGGAUAACAUUGCUCACUUCACUAUCGACACGUGCCAGGACGAACCUUUGCGCUUCGUCAAGUUGAUCAGCUCGGGCGGCGGAAGGCCCCGCAUGUUCAGCCUGAGCAAGGAUGGCAAGUUCAUGUUCGCCGCCAACCAGGACCCUGCGAUUGGUCUCUCGGCGUUGCGCAUUGGCCAGGAUGGCUCUCUUCAGGAGAAUCCCGUCGCAAGCAUGCCGUUGAGCGCGCCAGACCAGGGCCCGAUGCCGCCUUCACUGACUGCGCUCUUCGCGGCACUAUCGAUUCAGCAGCAAUCACGCAGCGCGUCGAUCCUCGCAAGCCUUGCCGACAACCCAGGGGCGCACCAGAAGCGGAUUCGAAAGGGUCGAGGUCCAUCGUCCGGCUACGGAAAGACUUCUGGUAGAGGCCACAAGGGCCAGAAGCAGCAUGGCAAAGUCAAGCCCUGGUUCCAGGGCGGUCAGACACCCUUGAUCAAAGUGCACGGCAGGAAGGGGUUUGAGAAUUUCCGUGCUCCCGAUAUGUCAGAGCUCAACCUCGACCGCCUCCAAGCCUGGAUCGACGCUGGCCGUAUUGAUCCCGCGAAGCCCAUCACGCCCAAGGAGAUCGUCGAGUCCGGGCUGAUCGGCCGCGCAAAGGACGGUAUCAAGCUACUGGCUCGUGGCAAGGAUGAGCUGCGCACUCCCAUCGACCUCAUCGUCUCCCGGGCCUCUGCCAGCGCCAUCGAGGCAGUCGAGAAGGCCGGGGGCAAGAUCCUGACACGCUAUUUCACACGGCAAUCCAUUCGACGUCUUCUCAAGGGCGAGAGCAUUAUGACGCGGUCGCCGCUGCCCACCGGGCCGGAGCAUGUAGAGGAGGUGCUGGCCGAGGCGAGAAAGGGACCUUUCAUGUAUCGGCUUCCCGACCCGACAAGUCGUUGGGAUAUCGAGUACUAUCGGGACCCCGCCCACAGAGGCUAUCUAAGCCACACUCUACAGCCUGGUGAAUCGCCCAGUCUGUACUUCAAGGUCCCGACGGAACGGAAGCUGGCAGCGGGUAAGAAGGAGAAGGCGGGCGCGGAGCAGGCCGAGGAUGACAAGCUCUUCUAG